CCUGGCAUGAAAACUGGGGGGUCCCGCCUCUGCGGGAAAUGCCAGUGGAACCCCAGGCACCGGGCCGCUUUUGUGACGCUCCCCUCCUCGGAUUUUUGGGCUGUGGUGGGCUGGGUUUUCACCAACCCUUAUUCUGCCAGCCUCGUCCUCUUCUUGGGAUGCGCCAUUCCGGCCGGCUUGGCCCUGACCAUGUUCCUCCACUACCCUGCUCUGGACAUCGACAUCUCAUACAACGCCUUUGAGAUCCGCAACCACGAGUCCUCGCAGCGCUUCGACGCCCUCACCCUGGCCCUCAAGUCCCAGUUCGGCCUGUGGGGACGCAGCCGCCGUGACCUGGCCGACUUCAGCUCGGAGACCUUGCGGAGGCUGAUUUUUGAGAAACUGCAGCACCUCCAGCGCAACACCUCGCGGCCGGACGCCCCAAACCUCUCCCGGAGGCGGCGAAGGGACGCGGGCCGGAAUCAGGCCGGCCCAUCCAACCACAGCUCCUCCCACCAGCCCCGAAGUCCCCUCCCUCGGUGGGAGUAUCCGAGCGCCACGGUGAGCGCCAACACCCAGACUCACGCCCACUGGCGCAUCGAGCUCAUCUUCCUCGCUCGGGGAGAUGCCGAGAAGAACAUCUUCACGUCCGAGCGCCUGCUGACGAUCCACGAGGUGGAGCGGAAAAUUAUGGACCAUCCUCACUUCCAAGAGUUUUGCUGGAAGCCUCAUGAGGUCCUCAAAGACCUCCCUUUGGGGUCCUACUCCUACUGUUCCCCUCCUAGCUCCCUCAUGACCUAUUUCUUCCCCACCGAGAGGGGUGGAAAAAUAUACUACGACGGGCUCGGGCAAGAGCUUGCCGACAUCCAAGGGUCUCUCGAGUUGGCCAUGACCCACCCAGAGUUCUACUGGUACGUGGAUGAGGGUCUCUCGGCCGAGAACAGGAAGAGCUCUCUCUUGCGGAGUGAAGUCCUCUUCGGCGCUCCCCUGCCCAGCUACUAUUCCAUGGAUGACCGCUGGGAAGAACAAUGCCGGAAGUUCCAAAACUUUGUGGUCACCUACGUGGCCUUACUGGCCAAGGAGUCCACCAGCAAAGUGGAGGUUCUGUAUGGCGGGACGGAUCUGUUUGAUUACGAAGUGAGGAAGAUUUUCAAGAACGACAUGUUGCUGGCCUUCAUCAGCAGCUCCUGCAUUGCGGUGUUGGUCUACCUGCUGGCAUCGUGUUCAGUCUUCCUGUCGUUUUUUGGCAUCGCUAGCAUUGGGAUCAGCUGCCUGGUGGCCCUUUUCCUGUACCACAUUGUCUUCGGAAUCCAGUACCUGGGAAUCUUGAAUGGCGUGGCGGCCUUUGUCAUCGUGGGCAUCGGGGUGGACGACGUUUUUGUCUUCAUCAACACCUAUCGGCAGGCCACCCACCUGAAGGACCUCAACCUUCGGAUGAUCUACACCAUCCAGACGGCUGGCAAGGCCACCUUCUUCACCUCCUUAACCACGGCCGCGGCAUAUGCCGCCAACAUCUUUUCCCAGAUCCCAGCUGUCCACGACUUUGGUCUCUUCAUGUCCUUGAUUGUCUCCUGCUGUUGGGUUGGAGUCCUCUUCACCAUGCCCGCUGCCCUGGGGAUUUGGUCUCUCUACUGGUCCUCGCUGGAAAACACCUGCCAGGCCAGGUGCAGUAAAAAAUGCACAAAGGAAAGUGCUUUGCAAAGCUCGGACGGCCUGUUUGUCUCCUUGGCAGUGGCUGGCAGGUCAGGCCUGGGCACCCUGCCUUACCUGGAUGAUGACAUCCCCCUGCUGAAUGUGGAGGAGGAGCCAGUCGCUCUAGAAAUGGGGGAUGUCCCCCUGCUAUCUGUGUUGCCUGAAAACCACCAUCUCACUACCAACAACGACAGCCCAGGACACCUGAUCACUCACCUGCAGAAGCUCCUCCAGUGCUGGGCGCUGUGGUCGGCAGUCAAAAACAAGUGGGUGAUUGUUGGGCUCUUUGUCUUGGUUCUUAUCCUUUCCAUCUUCUUCGCCAGCCGCCUUCGCCCAGCUAGCCGUGCCCCACUCCUCUUCAGGCCCGAUACCAACAUCCAGGUGUUGAUGGACCUCAAGUACAACUUGAGUGCUGAGGGCAUCUCUUGUGUCACCUGCUCAGGCUUGUUUCAGGAAAAACCCCGUAAUCUGCAGAAUAACAUCCACACUUCUCUGGAGAAAAAGAAGAAGAGGUCGGGCCCGCCAGGAAGCGGCCGAGGGAGCCCCCUAGAUGACAAAACUCUGCAGGACCCCCAGGGAACAGUCUACAUCUUCAGAUCCAAGGGCAACAGCUGGCCGGUGACCUACAGGUUUUCUCUCAACUCCACCGUGCCGUCUCCAUGGCAGACCGUGCCCGCAAAAGGUGGAGAAGUGCCCUCCUUCCAGGUGUAUAAAGUUCCUUACGGUAACUUCACCAAGAGGCUGACCGCUUGUAUGUCCACAGUAGGGCAUGUCCAGCCAGGGGCCAGCAAGAAGUGGAUGAUGACCAGCUUAUCAUGCGACACGAAGAGAGGGUGGAAAUCCGACUUCAGCUUCUAUGUGGCCACCCAGGAGCAACAGCACACACGGUAA